GGCUCGGGCUCCAGCUGCGGCGAUCGCAGGUUCUCGAGCGAGUCCGAGUCGCCGGGGGCGCGCCGCGCACAGUUACCCCAGCCCGGGGCCCCUCCACUGGUGUCCGCGCUGCUGCUUGGGCUCCGCCAGGCCCCGGAGGCAAAGACAAAGAGGCUGUGCGGGAGCGUCCUCCAGAGCCAGAUUUACCUGCAGUGCCGGGAACCACAGGCUUCAAGAUGGUUUGUGGGGGCUUCGCGUGUUCCAAGAACUGCCUUUGCGCGCUCAACCUGCUCUACACUUUGGUUAGUCUGUUGCUGAUUGGCAUCGCGGCAUGGGGCAUCGGCUUCGGGCUGAUUUCCAGCCUGCGGGUGGUCAGCGUGGUCAUUGCUGUGGGCAUCUUCUUGUUCCUGAUCGCCUUGGUGGGGCUGAUCGGGGCUAUGAAGCACCAUCAGGUGUCGCUUUUCUUUUACAUGAUCAUUCUCUUACUUGUAUUUAUUGUUCAGUUUUCUGUGUCAUGCGCUUGUUUAGCCCUGAACCAGGAGCAACAGGGCCAGCUUCUGGAAGUUGGUUGGAACAAUACAGCAAGUGCUCGUGAUGACAUCCAGAGAAAUUUAAACUGCUGUGGGUUCCGAAUUGCUAGCCAAAAUGAUACCUGUCUGGCUCGUUGUGUGGAAAGUGACACCGGUUGCCCACCAUGUGCGCCAAUAAUAGAAAGCUACGCGGGGGAGGUUUUGAGAUUUGUCGGGGGCAUUGGCCUCUUCUUCAGUUUUACAGAGAUCCUGGGAGUCUGGCUGACCUACAGAUACAGGAACCAGAAAGAUCCUCGCGCUAAUCCUAGCGCAUUCCUUUGAUGGGAAAACACGCAAAAAAUUUCACAUUCUGAUCUUGUUCACAGCUAACUUUAGGUUACACUAAUUUGCCUGUUCUAAAAAAAUGGUAUCUGGAGAAUUACGUUACUGACAGUGGAAUUAUAUAUUUUUACUCUUA